AUGGGGCGCCCGAGGUCGCAUCUUGCAUCCCUCACCUUCUUCUUCGUGUCGCAACUAAACCUGGGCCCAUCACCAUCCAGCAUCGAGGGGAGAUGUUGGCCUGAACUGCAGCUUGUACCAUCCCUGUGCCACAUCUAUCCUGGCCCAGUCCAGGUAUUGGCGGUUAGUCGCAUGCAAUUGAUCUCCACUGGGCUCCCUUUUCUUCGUAGAAUACCCGGGAAACUUGGUCUAUCCAUUGACACCUCUAUGCCUGGCUUGGACGAGUACAUAGUGCGCACAUAA